UCGUAUCAGCUUGGCUUACCUCGGAACCUUAAACAAAGAGGUGUCCACGACGUUUUUCACGCGUCUCUGCUCAGGAUUCACGAGCCUAAUGACGACCGUCUCUUUCCGGGACGGCUCGAGACACAGGUCGCGGACUUUGAGGAGCCAGAUGACGAAUGGGUGAUCACCCGCAUCCUGUCCCACAGCGGCGCGCGCGAGGAUUCGAUCUUCGAGGCCUUGUGGCGUUCUGGUGAUCGGACGUGGGUCCCCUUCCGCGAAAUCCGCAAUACCCGCGCGGUUAGCGAGUAUUUGGAAGCUCUAGGGGCGGAA